AUGGAGCACGCGAGGCCACCGCAGGAAUUAAAUAUGGAGGGCGGUCCCGUUAGCAGGGCCGAUGCGUGGAAGCGGUGGAGACAGCAAUUCAAUCUAUUUGUGAAGGCAUCCGGGGUGAAGAGUGAGUCCUCUGGAGUGCAGGCCAGUCUACUUGUCAACCUCAUCGGCCCCGAGGGUUUCGACGUUUACCAAACUUUUUCAUUUGAAAACGACAAAGAUAAGGAUGACGUGAACGUAAUAAUAAAAAAAUUUGACAAGUACUUUGGUGCCAAAAUCAACAUAACGUUGGUGAGAUACAAGUUCUUUACGCGGAAUCAAGACGACGGGGAGUCGAUUCAAACGUACGUGACUGCGCUGCGUUUGCUAAGUAAGGAUUGCGAGUUCGGUACUCUGCAAGAAGAGUUGAUUAAGGAUCGCAUCGUAUGUGGUGUUCGGAAUCCCACUGUGAGAGAUAGGUUACUGAGAUGUGAAGAUCUCGACCUGGAUAAGGCGAUCAAGCUGUGUCAAGCCGAGGAGGUGUCUCAAGAAAGCGGGAGGCAGUUGUGUGUAAAUAGUGAGUGUUCAAGUGCGGCACAUGUGCACGGUGUGGAGAGGCGCGCGCGGCCUGAGCGGCGCGGCGGCGGCGGUGGGCCGAGCGCGGGCUGGCGCGGGCGCAGAGCAGGCGGCGCGCGGCCCCCGGCUCCGCUUCGCGAGUGUGCUGGCUGCGGCGGCAGCGGCGCGCGCUGUUCUACCCGGUGUCUUCCCGGCAAAUAUCAUAUCGUAGUCGAUCAGUCCGUGCCGCCUGUCAUAUGCGCAAGUAGAAAAAUACCGUUAAGUUUGAAAGACCGCUUAUUGGAGGAGCUGAGAAAAAUGGAACAAUUAGGGGUAAUUAGAAAAGUCACACAUCCAACUCAAUGGGUCCACCCUCUAGUGAUAGUGGCAAAAAAGGACGGCGGCAUACGCGUGUGCCUCGACCCGCGUGAGUUAAACGUCGCAGUGCAACGCGCGCACUACCAGCUGCCCACGCUGGCGGAGUUGGCGGCGCGUCUCCAUGGCGCCGCAUACUUCUCCGUGCUCGACGCCAACUCUGGCUUUUGGGUCGUGCAGCUUGACGACGAGAGUGCCGACUUGUGCACGUUCGCCACACCAUUUGGCCGCUAUCAGUUUUUGCGCUUGCCAUUCGGUAUUAAUUGUGCUUCGGAAGUCUUUCAUGGCAAAAUGCGUCAGCUGUUGGAAGACCUUGAUGGGGUUGAUAAUUUUAUCGAUGACAUCAUCGUAUGGGGAAAAACGAGGAGCGAACACGAUGAGAGAUUAGGCAUGCUUCUAGAAAGAGCUAGAACGAUUAAUCUUAAGUUCAACAAAGCGAAGUGCAGAAUAGGAUUAAAAGAAGUCACAUAUCUUGGGCACAUAUUUGACGCCAAUGGAAUGAGGCCCGAUGACAAUAAGGUCAGGGCGAUAAAGGAGAUGCCUCCGCCAAACGACAGAAAAAGUUUGGAGAGGUUCCUAGGAGCUGUAAAUUAUUUAUCGAAAUUUAUACCGAACUAUUCACAACGAGCAAUACCCCUUACGAAUUUGCUUAAAAAAGAAAAUAGCUGGCGGUGGGAACAUAGCGAACAGAAAGCAUUCGCAGAAUUAAAGGAAGCGGUAGGAGGCGCAGACGUGUUGGCGUUAUAUGACGUGGCGGCACCGGCCCUGUUGUCGGUGGACGCGUCGCGUGAUGCGCUGGGUGCCGUGUUGUUGCAAGGGGGCCGCCCCGUCGAGUUUGCGUCCCGCACGCUCACGGACGCACAGCGUCGAUACGCGCAAGUGGAAAAAGAGCUCCUAGCCAUUGUAUUCGCUUGUGAAAGAUUCCACCAAUAUAUAUUUGGCAAAGAAAAGGUUAUUGUGGAAUCCGAUCACAAGCCCCUCGAGAGCAUUUUCAAAAAACCGUUAAUGUCUGUACCAGCACGCUUGCAGCGCAUGAUGUUGCGAUUACAACACUAUGACCUGGUCGUUCAGUACAAGCCGGGAAAGUACAUGUAUAUUGCGGAUACAUUGUCUCGUGCGCCGUUGCCCGAUCUAUACAGCGAAGAAGUUCAUAAAAACAAUUUGUAUCAGAUACAGUUAAUAGUAAAUAGUUUACCAAUGUCGAACGACAAACUAUCAAUGAUCAAAAAGGAGACUAAACGUGAUUCUGAAUGCCGCGAUGAGGUUGUAUGUAUUGAAGGAAAAGCGAGGACUCGCGCAACUGUUGUAGGCAAGGCGGCUACUCCACGCUCCUAUGUAAUUCAAAAUAAGGUGGGGGGCAAGCUUAGACGAAACCGCCGUCAUUUAAUUAAAUGUGAGCCUCCGAUCAGCGCAGCACUCGCGCCCUCGAGCUCUCAAGAGCAAUCAGAUAUGGUCAGUGACGAGUUCAAGGACGCGUGCGAUAAUGUAAAAAGAAGCAUUCAUUAUCCUGCAUUGCAGUCUGCCUUGGCGUCCGCCACGAAAUGCAGGAUUAUGAAUGUAGUGGCAACGUGCAAGCGAUGCUGCAAUGCGUCCUACGAGACUCCAUACGUGAGCCCUACGCAGGAUAGUGUGUGA